CCGCUACUCGCCCGCCUAGCCACAUCCCCGCCCACGUCACCCGUAUAUACACGGUCAGAUGAGGCCACUUCUACUGCUGCUGACGUGGUACUGGUUGGGGAAUAACGCCUUAUCCAGUUUUGAUCCUUCGCGGCUGGUAAUACAACACGUGUACCAGGAUAACGAUUCCAGGAGAGCGGUCUGGACAAACGGUCGCCUCCAGUCCCUCCUCUGGAAUCCCCGAGAGUCCUUCCAAGGAGGGACGGUGCGGCGGACACAUAGACACACAGAAAGCACUGAAAACACCUCGUCCAGAAACGUCUCGCUGGUCUUCUCCAGGAAUAUAUCGCUGGUCCUGGAGAAUCUCCUCAAGAACUACGAACGCUCCGAACUGCCCAACCACGGUAAAGGAGAGCCGACAGUUGUGAAGACUAACAUCCUAAUUCGCAGCAUGGGGCCUGUCUCGGAACUUGACAUGGACUACUCUAUGGACUGCUACUUCCGGCAGUCGUGGCGUGACUCCAGACUCAGCUACAUCGGUCCCAUCCAGGCCUUGAGUCUGAGCAUCAAAAUGUUGGAGCGCAUCUGGCGGCCAGACACGUACUUCUACAAUGGUAAACAGUCCUACGUGCACACCAUCACUGUGCCUAACAAGCUACUGAGGAUUACCCAACACGGCGACAUCCUCUACUCCAUGAGGCUAACAAUAAAAGCAAAGUGCCCCAUGGAUCUACAUAGAUUCCCAAUGGAUCGUCAAAGCUGUCCUCUCAUCCUUGGAAGUUACGCGUACCCGGCCCACCAAUUGCAGUACCAGUGGCAGUCUGCGGUCGCUGUCAGUUUCGAGCCCGGUAUGACGCUGUCUCAGUUCGAUCUCAUGAGUAGCCCACAGAGAAACUUCACGUUUCGUCGAAGAGAAGGAGAGUUCUCUUUGCUGCAAGUAAACUUUAACCUGCAGCGAAGCACAGGAUAUUUCCUGAUCCAGGUGUACGUGCCGUGUAUUCUGAUAGUGGUGCUGUCCUGGGUAUCCUUCUGGAUACACCGAGAGGCUACCAGUGACCGCGUGGGACUUUGUAUCACCACGGUGCUGACGCUAUCAACUAUCAGCCUGGACAGCCGGACAGACCUGCCAAAGGUCCGCUACGCUACGGCACUCGACUGGUUCCUCCUCAUGUCCUUCUUCUACUGCAUCGCCACCCUAUUGGAGUUCGCAGGCGUCCACUACUUCACCAAGGUAGGGAGUGGGGAGAUCCCUGUGGACGAAGAGGAGUGGGAGGAUGUGGGGGUAGAAGAGAUGGUGGGGAUGGUGGGGAUGAGCCGAGCACCUAGUGACACCGAGAGUCUCUCUUUCAGGGCAGCUCGCCGUCGAAGCUCUCUAAUCUGUCCUAUAUACAACGACCCGGCGAUAGGGAUGACGGGAGGGAUGACCGCUUCACCCAAGCGACUGUCUCUGUCCACCCUCGGAGCUCGUGUACACACAGGUCGUAACACCGUUGAGCGCCAGACCCAGACAGAGGUUAGGGUGCCGCGAUGGAAGCAGCUCUUCUACUGUCUCGUGGGCAACGAGGACUACAGGAAGCAGCGUCAGCGAGAGGCCGCCCGAGAUAUCAAUCUGGCCACAGGAGUAAGCAAGCACAUCAACAGCGUGUCGUACAUCGACCAGGCGGCAAGAGUCCUUUUUCCUGCCUCCUUCGCCGCUCUCAACUUCGCCUACUGGAUGUUGUACGGUGCCUAUCCAGAGGAGUUUGGCUGGAAGGAUCCACCUUCUGUCAGUCAUUAAGUUCAUGUGCUUCUGAAAUGUUGCCACUCACGUUACACCAAAGAUAAUAUGACUAAAGACGCCAGUACAGUAGAGUAUACAGGUGGUGAGCUUUUAUCGAUGGAUGUAUUAGACAGGGGGUAACCUUGUGGUCAACAAAAAUGGAAUGUACUGCUAACAAUUAUUAGCUACAAUAAAAAAAAUUAAAAAUAAAGCCAGAUUCAAGGAUUUUUUUAUUUAAUCUUAAUAUUGGCUUUACAUACCACAAUUCGUCUCACGGUUCAGACAAUCUGACACGAUUGGACACCAUGACCAAUCAUUGUAUUUGGAAGCUUUCUUGGAAAGUAGAAUAGAAGCACCUUUCGUCACAUAAGUUAAUUAAAUUAAUUCUUUACCCCUCUACAUCCAGUCUGUUUGGUGUAUCUUUUGAUUUGAGAUACCACGAAUCAAAAGUUCACUAUGUGUCUUCGACAAUAGAUAAAUUAAGUGAAUUCGCCAAAAAGUCCAUAGCUCUGCCAUCAAGUGGAUAUUAACAAAUCAUCAAAAUUCGUGAAUCCAAUCCCAGCUCACUAGUGCGCCAAGUGAUGUUUUGGUCAAUGUUAGAACAGUGGACGAAAGAGAGCAAAUAGAAUGACUAAGUAAAACGUUGACGCUAACUCUGAGCAGCACAAUGAACGGUGUAUUGGUUAGGGCAGACACAUUACCACGGUAUGGAUUAUUCAUAGUAAUCCAGUCGUCAUGAAAUUACAGCUAACCAAUGUUUCACUACUAUUAAUAACAUAUAUGUUAACCAGAACUAGCAAAGUAUGGAGGAGUCAAACCGCUCAGAUCGAUCUGAAAGAGCUAGUGUUCAGCAAGGCUAGAGCUAACUGACGGUGAUGUGUUGUUGACUAAGUGUUGUGUUGGCUGAAAAAUUUGUCCUGUUGACUGGAAGUGUUGCUAUGUGAACUGGAAGUCUCAAUCAUAUUCUUAGAUGGGAUUAUUCGAAAUAUUUUUGUUACUUAUUCAAAGAAUAAUAUUGCAUGAGUUACUCAUAGAAAGUAUGAAGAAAAGAUAAUCAAAUAGUUGGUCUUAAAAAGAUGGAGUUUAUUCUACUAGAAGAAGUGCGAGAGCUCGAUUUGGAAUAUUGAAAAGAAUGCCUAUCAUAUGAGCGAAAAACUAUGGCUUAUCAGUGCUAUUCGAUCACAUGACCACCUGAGGCUAACCAAGUCAAACCCAUUUUUUGAUGUUUGUAAAAUAUGUUAAAUUUAUAGCUCUUUAAGAUAAGAUAAGGUCCCUAAAUAGAAAAGAAGUAGGUACAUUUUUUAUCACACUUAGAUAAAAACUGCUGAAGAUCAAACUGUGAAAUUCUUAUAGUAUGUACAUAUGUUUUUACAGCUUAAGGGUUGCUUUUUGUUCAUUAAUGACCAGAAAAAAUAUAUUUUUUAUUAAAUAUAAUUCUUAAACUCGAAGUAUUUAAUCUUUUACCUAGCGAAAUAAAAGUUUUUAUAAAUAAAAAACCUGCCAAUUUAUUUACUGUACACAUUUAUAAUUUAUAUCAUAAUCCGUUUGUAUUUGGAUCUGAUUACAAAAUUGCUUAAAUUUUCUGCUUGAAAUAUCUGUAAUUUUGCGUGGAAUUAUUAAAUAUUUGUUUCUACCUGUUCUGUAUUUAGGGAAGUUGUCUUCAAAGGCUAUGAAUAAAACAUACAAAAUAGUUCCCAAAUCCAAUAUUGACUGCAUCACCAGUUAGUAACUUGGCAUUAGUAGUAGCGUCAUCUGAUCGGCUUUAAUCGCGCAUGCGCACACUUUCCCGGUUAUUGCGCACUCCAAUACCAGCUUCAACGCAAAUCCCUCCUUCUCUACUGGUAUUUGGGAUUUUUCUUUUACGUUCCAUCGAAUGUUCUGAGUAGUAAACACAUUGGAUACAAUACUUAUUCGAAGAACAAAACUGCACUAAAUAACUGCCAAGAGAAACAGUUUUAUUGAAGAAAAAUAAAAGUUUAAUAAAAAAUAAAACAAAUGAAAGUUUAAACAUUUCAGAUCAAUUAUUUCCGACCUAUGUUUUGAAACUUUUAUUUUUAAUGCGAUAAUAUAUUCUGUUUGAAUUUACUGUAAGUAGCUCUUUAUCAAACAGCAAUGCAUAAUGUAACAACUAGUAGAAACAUGACUAAAAGAUUGUACAGUGAGGGAAUUCUAUUUGCUAAAAUCAUGUAUAUUUAAGUAAAAAUAUAACAAUAGUUCAUAAUACUGCUGUCGUAUUUUGCAGUGUUCGCUUUUACCUGCAUAGACCUGCGAUUUGUUGUUUGGAUGAGCUUAAAGUAGAAAAUGUUUAUACAAGAGGAAUCUUUGAUGUUAUAUUGUAUUGUUCCAGUGUAAUAAAUAGUUUAGCUGUUACUGUUGUCGUAUGUGUUGAGAUUAUAAAGACUGUUAGUCUAUAAUAUGAAUAGCUUUGUUACAUAUGUUUUAAUACUUAUUUAGAAUACGUUGAGAACAUUGAAUUCUUUGCACUACGAGUUAUACAAUUUAAUUCUAAGGUACAAUUGCAAUAAUAUGACUUGUAAUCGUUAAUUCUGUGUAUUUUUUACAAGUUAUCAUCAACUUUGCUAGUUGUAUGCAAUAAAUUAAACAAAUUUCA